AUGACAGUUCUAAAGGCUACUCAUAGCCUCAAUGUUCAGAUGACUUGUGACCAUCAGUGUAUGGUCACAAAUCUGGAUGUCAGAUGGCCUGGCUCUAUGCAUGACACCCAAAUCUUCGAGAAGUCAUUGUUAUGCCAGCGCUUUCAAGAAGGGCUGUUUGAUGGUCUGUUGGUGGGAGACAGAACUUAUGCAUGCCAGAGCUUUUUGAUGACUCCCCACCCUGACACCGAGACAAAACCACAGCAUGACUUUAACUUGGCCCUCAGUCAAACCAGGCUCAAGAUAGACAUGACUUUUGCCAUUUUAAAGGCACAGUUUAACUGUCUUCGUGACCUAAAAGUUUCACCAGAGCGGGCAUCUCAAAUUAUCCUCCACAACAUAGCCACUAUAAGGAAGGAGCGGGUGGCAAGUGAUUAUCACCUCCCCCUUGAUGUUAUUGACCCCUUCACUCAGGACCAUCCAACUGGCAGAGCUGUUAGAGAUGCCAUCACAGCAGAAUAUUUCACUUGGCAUUCAAUAAAAGCAAAAUGA